AUGUGUGUCAUAGCCAUGGAGUACGUGGACACGUACGGUGGUAGUGGUGGUGGGGGCCGCCUCCGAUCUGGUGCGCAGGAAUCAACCACAGCAACUGGCGCUACACGGCCCUACCUUGAGCAGCGCACCGCUGCACCAGUGACCAGUGCGCUAGGUCAAGAGCUGGAUCGCCUUGUUGGUGGCACGCUCGCGGCACAGGAGUACCGUGACCGAUUGGAGGCCCUCACACGCAGUGUGCAGGCAAGUGAUGAGAAGGUACUGAACCUGACACGCCUGGUGAAGCUGUCGCAGAGCAUUCAGGAGGAAAAGGAAACGGAUUUGCAGCGCCAGAACGACGAGCUGCGUGCGCGGCUCAAGCGACAGGAACAGCUGACGACCCAGCUGCAGCGGCAGCUGGAGGACAUGCAGGCUGCUGUGGAUGUACAGGCGUUUCACCAGGUCGUGGCGCGUCUUGAGGGACAAGUGAGCGCGUACAAAGGAAGGCAGGAGGAAGAAUGGGUAUCGCUUCAGCAGCGCAUCGGAGAGCUGGAAGAGCGUUUGCAGCGGACUAGCACAUGCACGGCGGAGCGCUGCGAGCAGCGGUUGAUGCAGCUUGACGAACGUCUGCAGCAAAUCACGCAUUCCACUGCGGAUGCUACGAAUCAGUGGGCAAAGCGCAACUUUAUCCGCUUAAAGGAACAUGUCGACUCACUUCGUGUCGAUCUGGACGACGUUCGCGGCGGGCAGCAGGAGCUGAAAUCAACUGUGCAGAGCGCCAGCUGCCGUGCCGAAGUAGAGUACAAGAAGGUGCUUCUCCUCCUGCAGCAAAAGACAAAGGAGGCAGAUGCGCUGUCGUCACUGGUGGAGAAGGAGCUGCAGCAUCUGCAGAAGGUGGCGCACCGGCACCAGAUUCUGGCAUCCAAGGACAUCACACCAGCCUUCGAGUUUGACGAGAAGCCGUAUGAUGCGCUCAAGUUUGCGGGGGAAGGGAAACGUCGUGGCGCGGUGUCUGCAGCAGACCGCAGGCGAAGGUGA